CGCCGGCUCCCUUUCCCUUCGCAUUUCCCAGCCCCACAUUUUGUAUUCUCGUGCGUGCGUGAUGCCAGAACAGCCUAGGAGACCAUCAGACCAGGAGCAGAAUCAAUCUGAGACGGGUCCACCGACAAACAAGAGAAGACGCAUUGGCUUAGCAUGUAAUGCCUGUCGUUCACGCAAGUCGAGGUAUACCAUGCCACCCAAUGGUACUAUCGUUUCCCCAACAAAGGCUGACAUCACCAUAGAUGCGAUGGACAGCGCCCUUCGUGCUCCUCGUGCCUGAGCCUUGGCUUCGACUGCAUGUACGAGCCUGGUGACUCUGCCACCAAUGUCAUUGUUCGCAAGGACUACGUCACCGACCUCGAACAGCGUGUCAGCUCUGUCGAGCAUAAUCUCCAGCGAUUGAACGAUGUUCUCAAGGGUCAUCUCUCGCCUUGUACUAACGCAAACACCUCUCCAUGUCACCAUGGGACCAUCAAUGCCGGCCCCUCUAUGCCCUCGCCUGCACCGACUGCGCCGACCAAAGCGUCAGCGCCUUCUGGAGCGCGUACGGGGACCUGUGCUACGAGCCUGGAAGAACCUCAGGACGAGGAAGGCAUCCCCAAUGGGAUGGCCAUGACGUUUGUCGAGGAAAAGACAUCAGCGUUCUAUGGCGAAGCCUCCAACAUUAACUUUACGCAACUGCUUCUCCGCGCCAUCGCGGUCGCGCACGACUCACCGGGCGCACCGUCGGGGCUCGACAGAGCUUCCGUAUUAGGAGAAAGUGUUGUAGCUAGUGUCUCCCAAAGCAAAAGUUCUCUCGGAGGCACAGCGACGCCGUUUGACUCACUACCUACCGCCCUGCCAUCUGUCGAGGAGAUGGACACUCUACUCGAUCUGUACUUCGAUACAGCCGGUGUUGUCUUCCCCUUCAUCCACGAGGAAACGAUGAGGAAAACAUACAAUGAAUGCAGACUCAACGGCUUCACGAGAGCUCGCAGAACAUGGCUUGGAACUCUGAACAUGGUAUUCGCCAUGGCGAGCAACUUUGACAGGGACUACACCACGUCGUCCAAGAAGCGCUUCGAGAGGUCCAACAUCUUCUACAAAAGAGCCAUGGGUCUCUGCAAUGAGCUAUCGAAGCGCGUCAUAAGCCUUGAGAUAGUUCAUUAUCUGAUCUUGGUCGUUCUUCACUGCCAGGGAACUUCACGCUCUGUCCAAGCCUGGAACAACUACGGCCUCGUUAUCCGGUCGGCUAUGGCGCUAGGACUCCAUGCCGAGUCCACAGAGAGGGCGCUUAAUCCUGUACAGAAAGAGUAUCGUCGUCGGACCUGGGUGGUCAUAUACUGCCUUGACAAGGUACUAAGCACGGCUGUGGGGAGACCCGCGAGCAUACCAGAUGAGCAGAUGAUGAGGCGAGAGCCCUCAUCUGGUAGGUCACCGGCGACUUCUGGCAAUGCCGCCGAUCUGCCUGGUGAUUUCUUGGCCGUGUCGUUUAGGAUGUACCAGGUGAUGAGCAAGUCUCUGGUCAUCCAGUACGGCGCAAAUCUCGAUCACGACUCAGAGCUCGAUGAGAUGGCCCAUCUCAAAGCCUCAGGCGAACUCCGCAAGCAACUCCGACUUUGGGCUGCGAAUCUUCCCCCACAUCUUCAAUUAUGCGAUGUCGAGUCGGAUGUUCUCCUGCAAAAUACAAAAGCGAACAGACUUCGCGUUAUUCUUACGAUGAGGUAUCAUAAUCUGAGUAUUCUGAUCCAUAAACCACUGCUAAGCGCUACGAUUCUACACUUGUUCCGACAAGGUGACGCAGCGAAUGACGCUUCAUCGUACUUGAUACAGCUCGCGAUGGCGGAGGCGCAUGAAUGUAUUCGCUCAGCACAACUAACAAUUGACAUUGUUCACUCCGUCAUCACUGUAGAUGCAACGAGCAAGAAUAACCUCGGAGUGUGGUAUUUCACGCUCUACUACGUAUUCACUGCUUCACUGGUGAUUUGCGGACGACUACUCUGGGCACAGCAUGGAGACACUGUCGUAGACGAAGCAUCUGCCAGUCACAUGAGGUUCCUCCUCGGCAAAGCAGAGACGAUAUUUCUCAACUUGGAUCACGAGAAUAGUCUCGUGCUGAGCUGUCUGGAAUACGUCCGUAGACUCUCGCGAAUGUGCGGCAUAAGAGAAACAGGUCCCGAUGCUGCGUCAGCUUCGAUUCACGACAAUGGGUCAAACUCUACUGGUUCUGCGGACGCCAUGUCUUUUGAUCUCGAUAACAUGGAUCCUUUUCAGCUUUUUGCGUCGGAAAUGUUUGAUCCGGCAAUUUUUGAUCAUUUUAAUCAAUCACCUGUUGAUGGUAUGAGUUUUGUGAAUGGUCUGUGGGAUGGGUUUCCUUGUGGAGGAUGAGGCGAGUUUGGCAAAAAAUAUAUAGCAAUUUUGGGUACCUCAUGAUGGACCGUCCGUUCAGUUCAAUUAAUUACAACAGGCCUUUAAAUGAGUAUAGGUCUAGUCUCACUUGGUCUUGGUGACACUGAACCUUCGAGCAUUUUCCAUUAACACUACAUUUCAGACAUCAGUAAGACAAGACAUCACCCAGU